CUAUUUUAGAUGCAAUAAAACAUUAUUUCAAUUAAUAUUAUCUUGUUAAUUGUAAUAAAUUGUUUUUUAAAGAUUAAAUAAUGAGAUUUUAACCUAUUCUAAAAAAACAUUCCGCGUUUGUUUAAAAAAUACGCACUUUUGUUAUGAUAAUUUAAGAUAAAAUAAAUUUCAACAUUCCUAUUCAUUAAAUAGAGUAUAUAUAAUAGAUACACUCAUGACAACAAUAAAAAUAUUAUUAUCUGCGCUGGUAAUUACAUUUUGCACACCGCAUCGCCCCCGAUAACAAUACGAUUAUGCGAAACGAUAGAUCAGUGAUUUGUUUGAUUAACACUGAAACAUAUUAAACACUUUUAUCACCGUGAAUGACAUGAUACUUGUAUUUAAAGAUUGCAGAUCCAUAAUAUGAUUGUUCAUUCAAUUGAGAAUGUGCUCCCAGAUCACAGGGCUUUGUAAAAGGCAAAACAACGUCGCGAAAUUCACAAACAAUCGGCGAUUAAUCGACUACCAAAAGUUGAUAGACAUUCCGCACAUCAUCACUUGAACCAGUUGAUGCGCGGACCACUUUUAUGGAAAAAAUAAUUAAAAUAAAGUGCGUGAACUUUAAACUUGUACAAAAAUGAUGUCGAAAACGCCAAAUUCGCGUUUCUUUCAAUACUUCGCAUGCUUGGCAGCAUCAGCGGCUGUGACUUCUUACACCAUGUAUUCAUCGUGGCCCUCACCGACGAUUCCAAUUUUAACUGGAGAUGAAACCCCUUUAGAAAGACCCAUGUCUGAGGAAGAAGCCUCAUGGAUGGUGGCCAUUUUUAUUCUGGCCGGGCUUCCAUUAACUGUGGUCCAGCCAUAUUUAAUCAACAAACUCGGCCGAAGGAAAAUUCUCUUAGCAUCAGGUGUAUGCCUUUUUGUUCCGUGGUUAAUCAUCAUAUUCGUGAAUGAUAUUGUUAUGUUAUACAUUGCAAGAUCUAUCGGUGGUUUAUGUAUUGGGUUUGUCUCUACGUGCGUGUCAUUAUAUAAUGGAGAAGUUGCUGAUGAUGACAUCCGUGGCAAGUUAGGCACAUCCUACGCGUUUAUGAAACUAGUAGGAUCGUUUAUCAUCCUAGUCGCAGGACCUUUUGUUUCAUACACAGUGCUAGCUAUUAUUUGUGCGAUGGUACCAGUGACAUUCUUGGCUGUGUUCUUCUUCAUGCCUGAAUCACCGCAUGAUCUUGUUAAAAAUGGCGAUUAUGAUGGAGCGCGAAAAGUGUUGCAGUUUUUAAGCGGAUCUGACGAUGAUACUUUCAUCAAACACAAACUAAUGGAGAUUGAGCAGUCCGUCAAAGUGCAACUGGAGAACAAGGAAACAUUCAAAACCUUUUUCAUGGAGAAAAAGUUCCGAAAAGUGAUUCUUAUCAUGGUUGGCAUCAAAACUCUUCAACUAUUCAGCGGUGGCGUAGCUAUUGAAGCCUAUCAACAAACUAUCAUCGAUAAAUCUCUUAGUGUUGUCUCGCCGGAAAUCUCAAGUAUUAUUUUUGGCGUUAUACAAUUUCCAGCAGUAUUUUUAUCAUCAUACGUCGUAGAUAAAUUUGGUCGUCGCCAUAUUACAAUAAUAUCUGCAUUGGGUUGUGCUGUUGCGCUCAUCGCUGAAGGAAUCUUCUUCUUCAUGCAGGAUUAUCAAAAAGUAAACGUUGAUGCAAUCGGAUGGUUGCCUACCACUGGCAUUGUUGUCUUCAUUAUCGCUUACAACUUCGGCCUGCUUCCACUGCCAUACAUUCUCUUCGGCGAGUUAUUCCCGAGUAACAUCAAGAGCACUGCAGUCAGUGUCCUAGCAUCAUACGGCACCCUGCUCAACUUCACAGUAUCCAAAGCCUUUGCACCUAUGUCUGCAGAGUUUGGCCUUUACACAUCUUUCUGGUUUUUCGCGUUUUUCUGCAUCGUAGGCGCAAUAUUUGUCUAUUUCUGCCUUCCCGAAACCAAAGGACGUACAUUCGAAGAGAUCCAACACGUAUUAAAAAUUGAGCAGUAGUCAUAUAUAAGAUUAAACAAGGGACACACUGUAUUUUUGUAAGUUCGAUGAUACUUUCCAUUAUUUAUUACAUUUCACGCUGUUAUCGCGCGAAACGGAAUGUUGAGUGCCCGCUUGAGUUGCAUCAGCGAUCAGCGUGAUUGCCACACGAGGCCACCGCAAUAUUUAUUUAUCUCCGCACUGAGUGCAGUGAUCCACGAAUUAAUAGGAAAUUACUCGGCGGAAGAGUAUCCAUGCGCAACUUCAAUAACAAACGAAGACAUACAUAUUGAUAUUAAUUACAAUAUCCGUAUUUCUGCGAGUGCAACUUAAUAUAAUCUUAUUUAAUUUUUUUUAAAACUUAAAACUAAGCACUCUACUGUAUAUUUGUAUAAAACUAUUUCUACCCAUACGUUGGUAUGUGAAUUACUCGGAGUCAGAUGCGCUCGACUCAAACUCGCCCACUUCGAUUGUGAACUUGUACUCUUGAUCGCAGCCAAGAUAAGCGUCGCUCAUGAAAUAAAGGGUAUAACCAUGAUGGCCCGGACUUGGCGCCACAAAGUCCAACUUGA